CUUUGAGUCUUGCAUUGUUUCACUGGACCAUUUGACUCGGUCCAGUUAUUUUUUCGACUUUGUCAUUAGUGGGUAGUUCAUUCUUAGUGAUGCCGUAUUACAGGUUUUCCAGAUUCCGCUCACCUAGACGAAGGGGAUUUUUUGGAGGAGGUAGGAGGCUUCGGUCCGUAGAUUGGAGUGCGUACACUCUUGCUAAAUUCGAAAAGAAGUUUUAUCAUGAAUGUUCAAGCGUUCGUGAUCGUUCACGUAGAGAUGUCGAGGAGUUUCGAUCCAAGCACAAAGUUACUGUUCUUGGACACAAUGUUCCUAGGCCCUUGUUCAAAUUCAGUGAGGCCGGCUUCCCAAGUUACAUAAUGAGCGUAAUCAAGAAAAGCAAAUGGGACUCUCCUACUCCUAUUCAGUGUCAGGGUUGGCCGGUAGCACUCAGCGGUCGUGAUUUGGUUGGGAUUGCUCAAACAGGAUCAGGGAAGACAGCUAGUUUCCUCCUGCCAGCGAUCGUUCAUGCCAAAGCCCAGCCGAGCCUGAAACGAGGGGAUGGACCGAUUGUUUUAAUCCUAGUUCCAACUAGAGAGCUUGCGCAACAAGUAGAAAAGGUUGCCGAAGAUUUUUGUUAUUCAGCUGGUUUCAAGUCUGCAUGUCUUUAUGGUGGAGCAUCAAGAACUGGUCAGGCAGAAGCUUUGGGACAGUCUCCUGAAGUAGUUAUAGCGACUCCUGGUCGUCUCCUGGAUUUUCUGGAAUCGAGACAUACAAAUAUGCGUCGCUGUACUUAUUUAGUGUUAGACGAGGCUGAUCGUAUGUUGGAUAUGGGUUUCGAACCUUCUAUUAGAAGGGUUGUCUCACAAGUUCGUCCGGACCGACAGACUUUAAUGUGGUCGGCCACAUGGCCUAGGGAAGUAAAAGCAUUGGCAGAGGACUUCCUUUAUGAUUACAUUCAAAUAAAUGUUGGUUCAACCAAGUUGAGUGCGAAUCACAACAUUCGACAACAUGUAGAAAUUCUGAAUGAGAGUGAGAAGUUCAAGCGCCUGCUCAGCCUACUCAAUUCCUUCGACAAUGCUCGUGUGCUUGUCUUUACGGAAACCAAAAAACGUACGGAUGAACUUUGUCAAAAACUUCAAGAUAAGGGUUUCGAUGCGACAGCCAUGCAUGGAGAUAAACACCAAAAAGAACGCGAUCGUGCUCUAGACAUGUUUCGUGAAGGUCAUAUAUCUGUUCUUGUUGCCACAGAUGUCGCAUCUAGAGGCUUAGAUAUUAACGAUGUCCGGUACAUAAUCAAUUAUGACUAUCCAUCGCAAACUGAAGAUUACAUCCACAGAAUUGGACGAACAGGUAGAAGUGACAAGAAAGGCACUGCAUAUACAUUCUUUAGUGCCAAACAACCGAGAUUGGCCCGGGAACUUAUUGAAGUGCUGAAGGAAGCCCGUCAAACGAUUCCUGACGAGUUGUUCAAAAUUGCAGAGGGAUAUUACGUUGAGCGCACUCGGUCAUCCGGACAAUCAUAUCGUCGAAGUAGGUCGGGUUCGAGCCGGAGUGUGAGCUCAGGCAAGAGAAGUAUAUCUAAGAGGAGUCGUUCUAGUGCCAGCCGUCACUCUCGAUCUCAUUCGAGCCGCAGUGGGACACCAUACAGGUCAAGAAGUCCUCAAACUAAAGGUUACCACUCGCGUGCCCGGUCCAAAAGUUUGUCGCGCAAUGGGAAUGGUGCAGCGAGUGAUGAGUCAAAAGUGAGUUCACCCAGAGAGAGGCGGUCUUAUGGUUCACAGACUCCACCAAAACGCAAAGACCGGUCACAGUCUUCUCAAUAUUCGAAAGAUGCUUCUCGUGAGGAAUCUAACCGUAACCGUUCUAGUUCGGAUGGUAGUCCACCAAAGCGAACUAAAGAAAGGAGUCAUUCAAGUCGAAGUUCACGUUCGGGGAAACAUAAAUACUCCCAUUCAUCACAAAGAGAAGAUGUAGAAAGAACUCAUUCUGCAUCCAGUGAUGGUCGAUCAGCAUCUCUUCACCGUUCACAGUCAUCAGUCCAUUCUCGUUCAAAAUCAAGUAGUGUGAAGCGGUCCCAACGCAAGUCCAAUAGGUCCUCUGUCAGUCACAAUUCCCAUCAAAGUCCAUCUCGUGAGCACAGUGGAAGUUUGGAACAUUCACCUGCUAGGACUGAUCCUGAUGUUGCUGACCACUCUUCACGUUCUGUUGUCGACGUGAGCCCAGCUGAUGGGUCCUUAGACCGUCGUAAUUCUUCAGUAUCCGAUAAGAAUGAGUCGAUCUCACCCUCAAACUCGAGGGACGUUUCACCACAGUCUGUAACGAAAGAUGAAAGUCCUGUUGCUAAGAGACCCCGAAGCGACCAUGUCUCCUCCAAUCGGCAUUCUAAAAGUAAAAGUCGGUCGCAAUAUCGAGACUCUCCUAGAAAUGAACGUCAGAGUGGUUAUAAGCAUUCUGGUGGAUCUCGUCAUGAUCGGAGGGGACGCAAGGAAGUUCACGACACUCGCGACCGUCGUUCCCGUUCAUCUGAUGAAUACUUUGACGGUAACCGUCGUGAUCGAUCUUGGACACCGUAUGGAGAUGUACCUUCUUUCAAUUAUAAUUAUAAAUUCAAUUACAAUGCAAGAUACAAUCGUAACAAAAAUUUCUACCGUUCACGCUCGCGUUCAUCAUCAGGAUGGCAGCGGCGAGACCGAAGCAGAAGCAGAUCAGGUCGCGAAAGAACUCCAAGGAAAAUGAGGGAUAAUCGCAGACGAUAAUUUCAAUGUGAUUUCAAUAAAUGUUUAUCAUCAGCUUAUUUGAGUCAUUAUUUGCGUACACUUUAUUCGUCUGAUGCUAACCAGAAUUCUCCGAAAAUCUGAUUUCGCGUUUAUCAGCUUAUCAAAGAACGUUUUUCAAGCAAUUAGUUUUGUAGGUCAGGUCAGAUGUCAAUCUCUAAGGUGUGUCUUGGUGUUGUUACCUUGUUUCAGUUGCACUUUAUAGGAAUCGGUACUAGCUAUACAAUUUGUCGUAUUCGUCGGUUUAUGACAAGUAGAACAUACGUAUGAAAUAGUAAUGGAAGUAAUAGUAAAAAAGUACACGGGUAGCAUAGAUGAACAAUUACAAGUGGGAAAUCUAAGGUGAAGCAAAGCCUAAAACAAAAUUGUUUUCGGAGAAAUACUUUGUUUUGAAGCCAGUAGGAUUUACGAGACUUUAAAAUCUAGUGUCUACAUCCAAGAGGAUUAGGGUCAAGGGGGUACUUGUCAACUAUUGGGACAGCGAUGGUCUAGUUAGCGAGGUUUAGUGCUGUGAUGAGUUCGCUCUUAUAGCUGCUUCAUGGGAGCAUGUACUAACGGGCGCGGUACGUUGUUCCAAAACAUGUGGGCGUGAUCCACUGCUUGGGACGCAUCUCAAAUAAAACUAAAGGUGUCCGGCCACAAGUUCUUAGACACUUCCUAGCCGUUUGAGUUAUCUGUCUACCAACCGAAAAACGGAUUUACUGCGCUGCAGUCCAUGCCGUCCUACUUUAUGGCUACGAAACAUGGCUGGUAAGAGUAGAGGGUAUUCGUCAGCUACUAGUAUUCGUUCACGGGUGACUGAAGCAUUACUCGUAUAACCUGAGACCACUGAGUAAGUAAUGCCGUUGUUAGGAAACAGGUACUUGUUAAAGAUGACAAAUCAAUUGGUGAAUUAUUGAAACUUCAUCAGUUGAGAUGGCUGGGAUGUGUGUUACAUAUGCCUAACCACUGACUGCCACGACGUGCGAUGUUUUUUGGUGUAGGAGUAGGUGGGAAGAAAUCUAGAGGCGGCCAGACCAAAACAUAGCACAAAUCUAUGAAGUCACUGAC